GGAGUAGAUGAACUAAAAGUUCUUGAACUGAAGCACACAAUCAAUUAGUCUUUCUUGUGGGCCUCAAAUUACAAGCUCUGAUCCGAAUCUCCCAGUUUUUCUUGCAACUAUAUAUAUGGGUUUUCUAGCUUAUUCAUCAUCGUCAUCUGAUGCCGGAAUCCCAUGCAGAGCUCUAAUAAUGAGCUUCGCCGCCGUGGUUUCCAUUAUAAAGGAAGUCCUUGUUUGCAUUCUUGGAUAUGCGGCCGGAAUAAGCAUCGUCUCCAAGUGGGAAUAUGAUGACGGCGCCUUGAGCUCGCCGGAAACCCCCAUAAGUCCAUCGGAAUUUUACAUUAGCGCGUUCAAGAAGGCGAGCCGUCCGGUUCAUUGGCAGAAUUCCGGCAGGGAAAGCGGGGAGGAAUGUUUGGUUUGCCUUGAGGAACUGUUUGAUGAGGAAGAUGGGGAUGGUUGGGUGUACAAGUUGGUGUGUGGACAUGCGUUCCAUGUGGUGUGCAUGGAGACAUGGGUGAGGCAUUGUAAUUUAAGUUGCCCUCUUUGUAGGGCUAACGUUGUACCUCUUCUUGAAGAGGAGGAAUGUAUCUACCCAAUGUAAUAAUAAACUAUACCUUCUUCAUCAA